ACCCUGGCCCCCAAAGAUACCAUGCCGCCGCAGCCGCCGCCACCGCCGGUACCAUGGCUGCCAGACGGCCUCCUCGAGGAGGUCUUCCUCCGCCUCCCGCCAGAUGAGCCGGCGUGCCUCGUGCGCGCCUCCCUCGCCAAUAAGCUCUGGCUUGGCCUCCUCUCCGGCGCUCGAUUCCGCAGCCGCUACCGCGAGUUCCAUGGAGAUGCCCCCAUGCUGGGCUUCCUUUACAACACGCUGUCAGACUCUGGCCCGGAGCUUGAAGAUGACGCCCCACUCUUCUUCUCCACCACGAAAUUCGGCGCGCGCAUUCCCUUCAACCACUGGAAGGACUACACGGCGUGUGACUGUCGUCAUGGCCGUGCUCUCCUUUGUGAAGAGUGUGCGGGACCCGAGGAGCUCAUCGUUUGGGACCCCGUGACGGGCUGCCGGACAGACCUGGACGCGCCUUACGACGUGUUCGACAGCUAUGGGGCAGUGGUGCUCUGCGCCGUGAGCGGUUGUGACCAUCGAGCGUGUCACGAGGGCCCCUUCCGGGUAGCCUUCGUCGGCACGAAAGAUACUGAAGUUGGUUGUGUUAUACACUCGUUCAUGAGUAAUCAGUUGUCUUAUUCUUAUAGGAGUAAUUGUGAUGAAGAUGAGGAUGAGGAUGAGGAUGAGUGGGUCGAGACAUGCGAUCUUGAACUUGCAGGUCAUCAGCAUGCAUGCAUUGUGCCAAUGCGCCCUGUCCUCGUCGGCGGCGUACUCUACUUCAUGUUUUUCCUUGGUGAUGAUGAUGACAUAGCCAUUCUGUGCUACGACAUGGGCUCUCAAGGCUUAUCACUGAUUCAUCUACCGGACUUAGGCUCUAACGGCCUAUCACUGGGUGACGGCUCCUUUAUGCUCAUGGAGAAUGUGGAUGGCAGUUUGGGGUUUGCACAUAUGCACAGGUUAAUCCUAUACCUGUGGUCAAGGCAAAUGAGUUCCGUUGGAGCUGCAUCAUGGAGUCAACAUAGGGUCAUCGAUCUCAAGGGAAGUCUCCCCAUUCAAAACCCCGAGGAAAGACCUGACUUGAUGGGAUCUGUGGAGGGCAGGGACAUCAUUUUCGUGACCACGGACCUUGGUAUCUACCAGAUUAAUCUCAAGACACUAAGAUGGAAGAAGCUAUGGAAGAGAGAAGAAUUCCCUAUUCUAAUUCCGUACAUGAGUUUCUACAAUCCACCAGAAAAGGUGAGCCCCGGUGAUGCGAUUCAUUGAAAAUGCAUGGUCGAAUAUGCUUAAGGGUAGGAUAACCAACUUGGAGGUGACUGGCGAUGAAUUAUGUCACUGUUCAGUAGAUGAUUUGGUGAAGUGGUGCUUGUUUUCUCACUAUGUUUAUGGGUUUUGUCGGCAAACUUUAGUUGAAGAUUUUGAGACACCAUUGAAUGUAAUUCCUGUACUUGAAGACAUGGCAUUUAUUUUGUUUGGAAAACAUUGAAGUUCAUUGGCAAAACUCACUCCAUUGGUAAAUCCUUACAAUGAGUAGCACUGAACUGAAA